UUGAAAUUGUACAACUAUUCCUGUAAAUACUUUUAGCGAAUUUCCCAAACUGCCAUCCGUGUUUUCAUUGGUCUGUCUUGCUGCAUCGGUAGCGGCUUUAAGUCAGGAUGUUUAUCGGGGGAAGUUCAUCUGACAAUGGAUUCCGACCAGAACCUGACACUAUCGUUCAUGAAGACACCAAACAACUACUCAGCCCACGACUAUAUGCCGAUUCUACAGGAAUACAAGCAUCAAGAUCGUUGGUUCGAUAAGCCGACGGAAGUGACCAUCACGAUAGCCUAUUGCACUAUUAUUCUUCUUGGUCUUCUGGGAAAUGGAAUCGUCUGUGUCAUUGUUAGCCGGAAGGAAAAUCUUCGGUCGGCAAAAAAUCUCUUUAUUAUGAAUUUGUCGAUAUCCGACAUCAUGAUGUGCGUUAUAAGUAUGCCGUUCACUUUGUUGAAGCUCACCAUGAAAAACUGGCCGCUAGGUAAAAUCAUGUGUAAGAUCGUGCCUUUUGUUCAUAUGACGGACGUUUUUGUCUCCACGGCUACCAUUGUAGCCAUUGCGGUUUAUCGACAUCGCUGCAUCGUGUACGCCAAGAAAAAGUCCUCGUCCAAACGGACGAUCGUAUACACGUUAGUGAUGUUGUGGGCCAUCUCUCUGGCUCUCUCUCUCCCAGUGUUCAUCUUCUCAGAGGUUAGACCCAUACAGAUGAUGCACACCUUGGUCCGCUAUGAUAUAUGCAUGGAAGUCUGGCCCUCCGGUAAGAUUCGAGGUCUUUACACCAUUUUGCUGGUUGUAGUUCAGUAUCUUCUGCCGCUUGUAGUCAUCAGCAUUUUGCAUAGCAGAAUUUGCCACUUCCUGCGUCUGCGAAUCACGGAAAAUCCCAUCACACGGCGAAAUUUCGAGAGGUCUUUGAGAGCCAUCCAUCGGCAUCGGAAAAACAUGACCAUUCUCACGUCCAUUGCGAUGACCUUUGGGAUCACGUGGUUGCCGUUAACCGUUCUGAACAUUAUGGCCGAUUACGACUACCGUAUUUUUCUAGAAAGCAACUUUAAUCUGGCCUACGCUAUCUGUCACCUGACCGCCAUGUUGUCGGCCUCGCUGAACCCAAUCAUAUAUGGAGGACUUAAUCCUAACUUCAGAGAGGAGUUUUUGUCGGUGCUUCUUUGUACGAGACUGCGUUCAAGGAAAGGCGAGGAUUCAAUCGACGAAGGUGUCUUUAAUCUGCCUGUAAUAGGAAUGGAUGGAUCGACUCCAUCCAAAUCGUCCAGUGGCACGAACUACAGGAGUAUUGUAUUCAACAGCGGUUGA